GUUAUACCUGCCGGUACAGGGUCGUGAACUACCUUGGUAACGUACAGAAACUUGACGUUGCGUGACGUAAAUGACAGGCAGAAUAUUUACGGUAUAAAUGUUCAUGCUAUAACAAAACACAUUCUCGACACUGGAUCUUACACCAUUGAGCAAACAUGAAGGUGCCCAUAGUUUUAGCGUUACUAGUGACAUUGGCAUGGGGUCAACCACCUCCCCCACCUCCGACACAGACAUACCCACCUUCUCCACCACCACAAGCACCUCAGAAUCCAGGUGCACAGGGAGGUGCACCAGCCGAUGCAGCAUCGGGACCUACAGGAGCUCCAGGAAUGCCAAAUCAGAACCCAUGGCAUGAACUUCUAAACCGGAUGAUGGAGCUUAUGCAGUCUGCUGCAGUAAUGGGUGGUCCAUCACCUGGACAAGGGUCUGCACAUGGACCAGAUCCUGGUCCCGGAGCAAACCAAAUUGCUGACAAGCCAAGUCAAGGACCACAGCAGGGCCAAUAUCAAGAGCAAGGUCAAGGCCAAGGGCAGCAGCAGCAACAACAACAACAACAACAACAAGGGCAAGAUCAAUUCACAAAUCAGGGUCAACAAGGUGGGCAAUAUCAAAACCAAGGUCAACAAGGAGGACAAUUUGAAAACCAAGGCCAGCAAGGAGGACAAUUUCAAAACCAAGGUCAGCAAGGAAAUCAAUAUCAAGGUCAACAGCAGCAAGGGCAAGAACAAUUUCCAAAUCAAGGCCAACAACAGACUAACCAGAAUCAAAACCAAGGCCAGCAACAAGGACAAGGCCAAUACCAAAAUCAAGGACAAGGACAGAGUCAAGGACAACAGCAAGGGCAAUGGAAUCAAAAUCAUGGUCAACAAGGUCAGUCGACUCAAAACCAAGGUCAACAAGGGCAGUGGAAUCAAAACCAGGGUCAACAAGGGCAAUGGAAUCAAAAUCAGGGACAAGGUCAAAAUAAUCAAGCCCAACAAGCACAGUAUCAAAAUAAUCAAGGCCAACAAGGACAAUGGGGUCAAAAUCAACAAGGUCAACAGGGGCAAUGGGGUCAGAAUCAAGGUCAACAGGGGCAAUGGAAUCAAAAUCAAGGGCAGUGGGGACAAGCCCAAGGUCAGGGACAGUAUGCACCAACACCACCAAGAACGCCAAAACCAACAACUCCAAAACCAACAACAACUACGACAGCAGUGGUUGUACAAGACUGUUUCUGGGAAGGGCGUUAUUAUCGGCCAGGAACUGACAUUGUUCGAGGUCAACACGACCGAUGGUGCUACGUGACUUACUGCAAUUCUGAAGGCAAUGUACAUUUUUGGGAUGACUACAAUUGUCCACCUAACUCAAUGAAACCUACAAGUGGGCAUACUGCAGGACGUCCAGGCGGCCCACCAACACCAGCUCCCCCAACACCACCUCCCCCAGCUCCUGUCCACGGUUGCAACCACAACAAUAUGUUUUAUGAACCUGGACAAGAGAUAACAAGUCAUCAAGUGGGGGAAAGAUGUUACGGAACAUACUGUAGCCAUGAGUCUCAGGUUAUUCAAUGGGAAGAUUGGUGUGUUGCUCCAACAAGUCCCGCCCCACCAGCGCCAGCACCGAAAACAAAGCCAGUUCAUCCACCUGUUUUAGGAAAUAAUAAUCCACGUGGUAAGAAAGGAGGACAACGAAAGGCUGCAGGUGGAAAGGCAGCAGGUGGUGGCGGGCGCGGUAAAGCCGCUCGAAAAUCAGCUCCAGGACCGGUAGCACCGAAAUCUGCUCAUGUUCCUGCACCGGCUGCUCCUCCAAAAGCUGCAGCACCUGCUCGCCGUACUAAACCAACACAAGGGUGCUAUCAUAAUAACCUUUACUAUCAACCUAAUGAAGACGUUAUAGUUGGAAAUAUCGGAGAUAUGUGCUAUGGAUAUUAUUGCGAAGGAGAUAAUGUUUUUGUCCAUUGGGAAGAUCGUUGUGCCCAACAGCAUACACAGUCAGCUGCUCCACCGGUACCACAGCAUCAGACACAACCGGCAAAUAAUAUGGGUUUCGGAAACUGGUUUUAGGGUGUGAAAUUUUAUAAAUUGUGUCUUGCUGAAAGGUUAUGGUUCUGAAAUAAUGGAAUUGAAAGUUUGUUUAUACUGAAAAGAUUUUGGUUCCGUGUGAAUCAUUUUUGAGCUUUACAAAUACAUUUUUUCAUACAUGUCAAAAUAUGAGCUAAAAAGGCAAUAUUUUCUGGGUUUGAAAAGAUCAUACACUGAAAAAAAGUAUUUAAAAUGUAUAAAACUAUGUUUUUAAGUUUUCAGGCCCUUUUAAUGAUUUUCAUAAAUAUUAUUACUGCUUAAGGAAUAAAGGUUCUUAAAUUUCUUCAAAAAAUCAUGCAUAAUUAAUACUUUUGAUAUAAAUUGUUCGAUUUAUGUUAGAUUCACCGCACCAGUACCUUUUUACAUAUGCAUAAGUAUAGUAUAUUGGAAUAUGAGUUUAGUAAAACACUGCAUAUAUUUCAUAUAGAAUGCAGUGCACGGAUUAAGGUUGAUUAAGUUUUCAAAAUAUAGAUAUAUUAAGAAAACGGAUGCGGAGCGUUUUUUUUUUUAAAAGAAACUAUUUAUUACAUAUAAAUUUUGUAUAUAUUUUUAUAUGUUCGUGAAAUAGGCUUACGCUUUUCUAGCAUAGGUAUUCAAAUUUGAAAUUACAAAUAAAAUAAUAAAAAUAAGCGGUUGAUGAGGGGGGUGGCAGAGUGCUUCACAAAUGCAGCGUUUUUGCUAUUUGAUAUUUUAUUAUUUAAAUCUAUAUUUUUAUUUUUGACCGCAUACAAUGUAAAGCUUAAUUCUCGUUUAAGAAUAGACAAGAUACAAAGCGGAGACAAUUCUUAAAAAGAACUCGUCAGAAAAAAAGUUGCAUUUUUGCAUAAACAUUUCUUAGGACAUUUGUUAAGUUUGUAUGUCAAAUCAGUAGAAUUAAAAAAAAGUGAUACUUAUUGUGUAAAAGAUGACUUCAAUUUGUAUUUCAUGUUUCAUUUUAUAUUUAUAAAAAAAGACCUGAAUUAUCUCAUGUGUGUGUUUUUGAAUGUAUUCACAUAUGAAUAAUUAAAUCAUUUGUCAUUAUGUACA